AUGAAACAGUUUCAGAAACUUGGACUUUGCAGUGGUCAAAAUACAACAGCAAAUAAAACUGAAGAAAUAUCUACAACUUUGAGUUCAGCUAUUUCAACUACUGUCAGUCCUGAAAAAAAAGAUGUAACACCAAAAAAUGAUACUACUAAAACCUACGACUCUGAACCAUCAUUAGAUAUUAGUGAGAGUGAAGAUGAUGAGGAUAGUAAGAUUACACCAGGUGAAACUACAGAUAAAAAUGUAACACCUUCUGGUGAUAGAACUACAGAGAAAUUUACACCGGCAGGGACAACUAUUGCAUCUAAACCAAGUGAUAGAACUCCAAAAGAAGAAACAACUGAACCUUCUAAAAAAGAAGAUGCUGAAAAAUUUACUACUAAGCCAAGUAGUGAAGGUAUUAUAACACUAUUGGAUGUAACUACACCGAGUCCAGAAAAAACUAGUCCAAAAUUAUUAGACUCUGACCCAGAUGGUGACUACAAAAAUGAAGAUGAUCAAGUUUUUGGUAAGAAGACAACUGCUGAUACAAGUACUACUUCUGAACCUCUUUUAUAUACUAAAGAUGGUGUAACACCUGCUGAAGAAACUAGCAAAGUACCUUCUGAAGAUGAUAAGAAGACUACUGAGCCAAAAAGUCCUGAAUUUUCUACCAAAGAUAGUGAAGAUGAUAGAAAGACGUCUGGUUCAACAACUGGUGUUACUAAAUCAAGUCAUACAACUAAUAAAAAAGAUAUUAAACCGUCCUCUGGUGGACAUACUGAUGAUGAUGAUGCUUCAAUGACUAAAACAAGCGAUGCAGAUGCUACAGAAGAUAAUACAAAUAUAAAUACUGCAACAACACCAAUGGAUUCUUAUUCUAAAGCAACACCAAAAACAGGUUCAACUGAUCCAAUUGAUAAGCCAACAACUGAAAAGGUUGAAAGUCCUGAAAAAACUAGUCCAAAAAUAUUAGACUCUGAACCAGGUGAAGACUACAAAAAUGAAGAUGAUGAAGUUUUUAGUAAGAAGACUACUACUGAUACAAGUACUACUUCAUAUACUAAAGAUGGUGUAACACCUGCUGAAGAAACUAGCAAAGUACCUUCUGAAGAUGAUAAGAAGACUACUGAACCAAAAAGUCCUGAAUCUCCUACCAAAGAUAGUGAAGAUGAUAGCAAGAUGUAUGGUUCAACAACUGGAGUUACUGAAUCAAGUCGUACUACUGCUAAAAAAAAUGAACCCUCUGGUGGACAUACUGAUGAUGAUGAUAAUGGUUCUAAGACAACACCUAGUCCUCAAAAUGACAAUCGUUCAAUACCAAGUACGUCAGCUAAACCAAAAAUGUUUGAAUCUGAACCAGGUGAUCUGAACUAUACGGACGAAGAUAAUGAAAAUCCCUCUAAAAUUGAUAGGGAUGAUAAAAUAUCAAAGACACCUGAAGCGUUGACAACUACAACUGAAUCAGUACCUUCUGAAGAAACUCCGGAGCCUGAAAAUAAGGUUGAUGAUGAAAAGUCCAAAGAUUUACCGGUAAUUGAAUCAAAAGUUAAGGCCAAUGAAGUAAAACCAGAGGCUUCGCCUAAAAAUCCAAAACCUGAUUUGGAUAAUUGUCUUAAAGUAGACAAAGAUACUAUUGAUAAACUUGAAAAUAUUACACUGCAACCUUUGGAGAAAAAGACGCUGAAGAAAAUUGUAAAGAGUAUCAAUGAGUUUGGUCUGGACUUGACGGAGGCUGUUUUAAGAGACAAUACCACAAAUUACGCAAUCGCACCUAUUAAUUUUGCGCUGUUAUUACUGAUGGCUGAAAAUGGAGCCUGUAAAGACACUAAAAAGGAAUUAGAUAAGACUUUACAUUUGUCGAAAGAAAUAUCUAAGGAAGAAUUACGCCCUAUAAAAUUUUUAGUCGAUUCGCUUAAGGAUAUCAAUGAAACAAAAUUGUUUCUGGGUGAUAAAAUAUUCCUACCUCAAAACGUGGAAAUUAGUCCAGAAUACAGGAACUUGAUUCAAGCUGCUUACCAAUCAGACCCAUUGAGUGUCGACUACAAAAAAGUAAACGACGUUGUUGAACAAAUUAAUCGCUGGGGUGCGAAUAAAACCAACAAUUAUGUGCAAAGGAUCAUCAGUAACACUAAAAAUGAAGUGGUCAGUGAAGAUACAUCUUUACUUCUCGCCGGUGUUGGCUACUUUCAGACCAAUUGGGUAAAAUCAUUCGACCGGUUGUUUAACGAUCACAAAUUAUUUUACGUAGGGCAAAAUACGUACAAGUCUGUAUGUACAAUGCUGCAAAUAAAUCAAUUUUAUUAUUACCAUAUGAAUUAUUUACCUGCUGAAGUUAUUGAGCUUCCUUUGAAGACUAAUGAAGAUCGAGAGCUUAAAAUGAUUGUUAUUUUGCCAGACGAGGAAAAAACUUUGCCUGAUGUUCUUAAAAAUCUUCAUAAAUUUCAGUACACUGAUUUUCGCAAGCACGCAAAAUUAGAGAUUGUUGAAUUAUCUAUGCCAAAAUUUAAAAUUCAAAGUUUUAUUGACUUAAACAAUUAUUCGGACAAGAUAAAUAUUAACAAAACAAUAGACGAUUCUAAUCUUUGCUGUAUGUCUAAAAAGGCAAAAAUUAGUCGAAUUUUACAAAAAACUGUCUUAAAAGUAAAUGAAGGAGAAUGUGCUGGACCUUAUUAUCUGUGUAAGUAUAUUAUUGGUGAUGAUAAUUCCUGCAUGAUUCAUAAAAUCAAAUUUACAGCAAAUCGUCCUUUCAUAUUUUUUAUUAUAAAAGACGACACAAUAAUCUUCAGCGGACAAAUAAUUGAUCCAAGUCACGAUUAA